AUGAAAAUUCAAACUGACGAAGACGGAUUCCGUACAGGGAAAUGGUCCAAAGAAGAGCACAAGCUGUUUGGAGAAGGCUUGGCAGUUUUUGGGCACAAUUGGAAAAAAGUGGCUGGGGUUGUGAGGUCAAGAUCCCAAAACCAAAUAAGGAGCCACGCUCAGAAAUAUUUAAUAAAGCAAAAAUUCAAGCAGCGGGUCAUGCUGUGUAAAAAAAUCGAAAAUGAAAUCGUCACGACGGUUGAUGAGCUGUCAACUACUUCUAAUAAAGUUGAUCGAGCAACUCAAUACGGUGAAGGCGUAAAAUUCGGUAGAGUUUGCCUAUUCGAAGAUUACGAUUUUCAACUUAUAAAAUAG